GGAGCUAGAGGAUCCAAAGUUGCCUCUUCGGCGCAGAGCAUGGAAGUGACCACCGUGCCGACGAGCCCCAUUGCCGGGCAGAAGCCCGGCACGUCCGGCCUGCGGCAGAAGACAAAGACGUUCAUGUCGGAGCACUACCUGGAGAAUUUUGUGCAGUCUACGCUCGACGCUCUGGUGGCCGAGGGCGUCCCGGUCAAGGGCGGCACGCUGGUCAUCUCCGGCGACGGCCGCUACCACAACAAGACCGCCAUCCAGAUCAUCAUCAAGAUGGCGGCCGCUGCAGGCGUGGGCCGAGUCUGGUGCGGCGAUCACGGCCUGCUCUCGACGCCGGCCAUGUCGGCUGUGAUCCGCACGCGCUCGCGCGGCCUCGCUGGCAUGGCGCCGUUCGGCGGCUUCAUCCUCUCCGCGUCGCACAACCCGGGCGGCAUCGACGAGGACUUUGGCAUCAAGUACAACUGCGAGAAUGGCGGCCCGGCGCCGGAGAAGGUGACGAACCUCAUCUACACCAACACGACCACCAUCAAGGAGUACAAGCUCUGCUGCGGCCUGCCCGAAAUUGACCUGUCCGCGCCGGGCUCGUACACGCUCGGCGGCGGCGCCUUCCGCGUCGACGUCUUCGACUGCGUCGAGGACCACAUGGGCCUGCUCCAGCAGGUGUUCGACUUUGGGGCCAUCAAGGCGCUCUUUGCGCGCGAGGACUUCAGCUUCGUGUACGACGGGAUGCACGGCGUGCAGGGCCCGUACGCCAAGAAGAUCUUCGUCGACGAGUUUGGCGCGCCCGCUUCGUCGCUGAUGAACUGCGAGCCAAAGGAGGACUUCGGCGGGCCCGCCUCGGCGUCGCACGGCCACGCGGACCCCAACCUGACGCACGCGGUCGAGCUGGUCGCCAGGAUGGGACUCAACAAGGAGGGGCGCGAGAUCGAGACGACGAGCGAGCCGCCCGUCUUCGGCGCGGCGGCCGACGGCGACGCCGACCGCAACAUGAUCAUGGGGUCGCGCUUCUUCUGCUCGCCGAGCGAUUCGCUCGCCGUCAUCGUCGCGAACGCGAGCUGCAUCCCGUACUUCGCGGCCGGGCUCAAGGGCUGCGCGCGCUCGAUGCCAACCUCGUGCGCCCUCGACCGGGUCGCCGAGCAGCUGGGCAUCCCUUACUUCGAGGUGCCCACCGGGUGGAAGUUCUUUGGCAACCUGAUGGACUCGGGCACGGACGCCUUCCCCGGCAAGCCCGUCUACACCCCCUUCAUCUGCGGCGAGGAGUCCUUCGGCACUGGAGGAGACCACGUGCGAGAGAAGGACGGCAUGUUUGCGGUGCUCGCGUGGCUGCAGAUCCUGGCCGCCGAGAACCCCGACCCGGCCAAGCCAAUCGUCGGCGUCGGCGACGUGACGAAGAAGCACUGGGAGAAGUAUGGGCGGAACUACUACGCGCGGUACGACUACGAGGGCGUCGACAAGCCCGCCGCCGAGAAGAUGAUGGCGGCGAUGGUCGAGGCGCAGCCGGCCCUGAUUGGCACGACGGUCGACGGCAUGAAGAUCGCAAAGGCGGACAUGUUCGAGUACCACGACCCCGUCGACGGUUCCGUCUCGAAGAACCAGGGCGUGCGCUUCAUCUUCGAGUCGGGGUCGCGCUUCGUCUUCCGCCUCUCGGGCACGGGUGUGGCCGGCGCGACGAUUCGGAUGUACCUCGAGGAGUACGCUGCUCCUGGCGCCGACCUGACCAAGCACGCCUUCGACGUGGUCAAGCCGAUCGCGGACAUCGCGCUCAAGAUCUCGAAGCUCACCGAGUACACCGGCCGCACCGAGCCGUCCGUGGUCACGUGAGACCUGAGACCUCUCGCGCGCCACUCCUCGCCGCCAGUCGCGGCCGCGGCGCAUACCCCUCAUUUUUCCUCCCAUGAUCUCGCGUUCCUCUUGUCGUGGCUGUUGCUCCUGCCAUCGAUGUCCCCUCUCUCCGCACAGACUCUCGGCUCCCCGAUGCCGAGAGAUCCUCCCUCCCUGCGAUUACGAUGUCUUCUCCCCGUGUUCCCAUCCAGUCUCAUACCGAUGGAUUGUCACCGGGAGGAGGUGGAUGAUGUGGUACGUCCUUUACCUGUAUGCAAAAUCGCGCACAGUUUAGUACAGAAA